AUUAAGUAUAAAUAUUUGCUUUAUCCAACGAUGGCGGCUUUUCCGGAUAAUAGUUGUUCUAAGUAUAAAUUAAUACAAUUAGAAUAAUUACUUACAAAGAUUUGAAUGUGCAAAUAAUAAAUAAUGGAAAAUCUGUAUAAUUAGUGAAAGGAAAUUAAGAAUUAAAAGUUAUAUUAAACGAGUCAGAUGCAUCAUAAGUAACAAAAAAUACAAAAUUAUUAAGGAAAAUUAAAAACAUAUUACGCUUAAUCCAGAUGAUGUUAUUUUGGAACCUCAAUACCAUCUCAAAUAUAUAUGUGACUCUUAGCAAAAUACAAAUACAAAGGUGCUAUUUUUCAAAAACCAUUAAGGAAUAGCUAUCAAAUGGAGUACAGGAUUACAAUCUAAAUUUACAUUUACAAUUGAUGAAUGAUGAAUGAAAGAUGAUUAAGAAAUAUAUAUAAUUUUGGCUAAAUUCAUCAAAGUAUUAAUC